CUGAGUUGUUCUGAGAUAACUUCCAGCAACCGAAGAUGCCGUCCCACAAGACCUUCAUGAUAAAGAAGAAGCUGGCGAAGAAGCAGAGGCAGAACAGGCCCAUCCCUUAUUGGAUCCGCAUGCGCACUGACAACACCAUCCGCUACAAUGCCAAGCGUCGCCAUUGGCGCCGCACCAAGCUCGGCUUCUAAAUUUUCUGCGUCCGCCGUCACCAGCAUGUUACCUUUAUUUGUCUCGAGCUUUUUACCCUCCCCCCUAAAAAAAAAAAGAACUUUUGGUUUAAUUAGUAGCUUAAUUAAAGAUGGUGGUGUUUUAAUCAAUUUUGGUAUUGUUAUUAUCCUUAUGACUGUUUCGUUGUAGGUCUCGAACGAAUUUCAUUUGAUUCGAAGUCACAAAAUUGAAACUUUAAUUUGAUUGAAGAA